AUGGACUGCUUUGAGGAUCCAUCAUCUCCAUCACAGAGUCUGGAACUCAAGUGCUCAGAGUCUGUACGGCUGGUUGGAGGCUCUGGUCUCUGCUCUGGAUCACUGCAGAUCUGGAACCAGUCCUGGACCUCGGUCUGUGAAGGGGCCUUGGACCUGAGGGGAGCAGAGGUGCUGUGCAGGGAGCUGGACUGCGGGGCUGCUUCUUUCUUCCAGGGGGCGCUCUCUCCUGUGGGGCAGACGUUCCACUGUGAAGGCCAUGAGUCUGCUCUGAUGGACUGUCCCCGCUCCAGACCCAAGACCUGCUCCUCUGGACCCAGUGUGAAUGUCACCUGCUCAGAGCCGCUGAGGCUGAUGAGAGGGGCCCGUCGCUGUGCUGGGACCGUGGAGGUCAGAAAGAGAGGAGAAUGGAGACCAUUGUAUAAUCCAGGCUACUGGACCCUGGGUCACACUGAGGCCGUCUGCAGAGACCUGGACUGUGGAUCUCUUGUUUCUGUAGAAGAGGAUCGUUCACAGACUAGUACCUGGGUGAUCUCUGAGGGCUGCGUGGAGAGGAGGAAGUCUGCAGUGAGAGAGUGUCUUUUUGCCUCAGAUGACUCUUAUGGCAUGGGUCUGGGGGUGGUGUGUUCAGAGUCUGUGCGGCUGGUUGGAGGCUCUGGUCUCUGCUCUGGAUCACUGCAGAUCUGGGACCAGUCCUGGACCUCGGUCUGUGAAGGGGCCUUGGACCUGAGGGGAGCAGAGGUGCUGUGCAGGGAGCUGGACUGCGGGGCUCCUUCUUUCCUCCAGGGGGCGCCCUCUCCUGUGGGGCAGACGUUCCACUGUGAAGGCCAUGAGUCUGCUCUGAUGGACUGUCCCCGCUCCAGACCCAAGACCUGCUCCUCUGGACCCAGUGUGAAUGUCACCUGCUCAGGUGAGAGGGGCGGGGCUCAGGUGAGGGGGCGGGGCUCAGAGCGUGUCAGGCUGGUGGGAGGGUCCGGUCGCUGUGAUGGGAUCCUGGAGCUCAGACACAGAGGAGACUGGAGACGUGUGAAGACGUCCUUUGGAAGAUGGACUCUGAGGCACACAGCUGACGCUUGCAGAGACCUGGGCUGUGGCUCUGCAGUGAAGCAGAAGAAGAGAGGGGACUUUCCAAAGAGCCCGGUGUGGGAGGUCUCAGCGUACUGUCUGAGGAGCUCCUCGCUGAGAGAGUGUAUCUCGGAGGAAGACUCCACCUCCACAGGAAUGGAACUGGUGUGCUCAGACUUACUGAAUCGUCCAAUCCUGUCCCUCGUGGUGGCGGUGGGGGUCUCCCAGGUGGAGGACCAGGUGGAGGUCCAGGCAGUGCGGGUGCAGUUGGGGUCUCAGUUCUUGGUCCAGUGCUCGGUGAAGCCUCAGUUCCCAGGAGGCUCCUUCCAGCUGCUCUCUCCCUCUGGGAACCACACCCUGCCUGCUGUCAAUCACUCUGCCCACUUCCUGUUCAAUCACACUGGCCCCGCCCACAAAGGAAACUACACCUGUGUUUACCACCUACAGGUGUUCAACCACAGCUUCACCUCCGAGAGCGAGAGGCUGGAGCUGAGGCUGGGAAGUACGCCAAUACUCUACCGUCACAUGACCGUCACAGGACCGUCACAUGACCGUCACAGGACCUUCACAUGA